AGAGCGGGUCCCGUGAAUGAUGAUCUGCCGGUAUGGUCGGUGCGGCACUGACAUGCGCAGUGCGCGGCGCGCAGCCCGUGAUGCUGUUCGUUGUAUGUGUGUGUCCGUCCGCUGAUUUCAUCUCACACACGCGCUCCUCUCCUCCAUCCUUCUGGAUCUUCCUCCCGAGCGCAUCUUCCUCCGGAGCGGCGGCGGGGUUUUCCGACCCUGUAAACAAGAAGCUCUGCUGUUGACAGAACUGGCAAAGCUGGAGGGAGAAGUGUUUCCGUGGUUGCUCUUCUGUUCUCAUUAGUGUCUUUUUACUGAGGAAACAUAAAAACCCAUCAGACUCCAUAAUCCUGCAUCCCUGAUACUGAAUAUCUAGAAGAUGAUCACUUGACAGUUUGACUCUGAAGCACAGCUCAGCACAUCUGGAGCCCCUGCAGACUGCUGUGUCAUUUCCUUCUGUCAAAACCCUGAAACUCUUGAUCCUGAGUAGAGGAUGAUGUUCACAGAAAGAGAUGUUUUUGAAGCUCUGUUUGAGCCCUAAUGCAUCUAGAGAACCCAGCUUUUGGACUGAGACGCCAAAGCCAAUGAGACGCCAGUGAAACCUACUAUGCCAGAAAUACAACAAUCAUCUACUAAAGAAACACAAUGGAAGAUCAGCCUUCUUGACGAGUCACGAUGCAUGAAUAUCCACGGUGUGUUGAUGUACCUACACAGACGCAACUGCUUCUUUUGACCUUCCACAUUUGGACGCCCCGCUUUUAAGCUUGACUUUUAAUCGGCAGACUCAGCAUGCCCACCUUCCAUUGGUUGUGACUGGAGUUUGACGGCAGCAUGCGUCCAUGUGCGGGCUCCUGGCGCUGGAUAGCGCUGGUCUUGCUGGCCUGGGGGACGUUGCUCUUUUAUAUCGGGGGACAUCUGGUGAGAGACAACGAACAUGCGCCACGCUCCAGUCGUGAGAUGGCGAAGAUCCUCACCAAGUUGGAGCGACUGAAACAGCAGAAUGAAGACCUGCGGCGCAUGGCUCAGUCACUACGAAUUCCAGAAGGACAAUCAGAUGGGCCAAUAUCAUCAGGAAGACUGCGGUCUCUUGAGGAACAGCUAAGCCGAGCCAAACAGAAGAUCCACAGUUUUCAGAGAUUAUCUGGAGACGUUGGUCCGGGUCGAGAACAGGAGGAACUGCGGAGGAAGGUGGAGAAUGGAGUGAAAGAGCUGUGGUACUUUAUUCACAGCGAGAUACAGAAGCUGAGUCACGCCGAGCCGUCAGACAGACUGAAACACACUGAGACACUGCUGCAGGACCUCGGUCAUCAACAGAGAACCAUCAUGACAGACCUGCAUGAUCUCAGUCAGGCGGACGGAGCGGGAGACUGGAGAGAGAAGGAGGCCAGAGAUCUUUCCAACCUGGUGCAGAACAGGAUCUCCUACCUGCAGAACCCGCAGGACUGCAGUAAAGCUCGUAAGCUGGUGUGUAACAUCAAUAAGGGCUGUGGAUACGGCUGUCAGCUCCAUCACGUGGUUUACUGCUUCAUGAUCGCUUAUGGCACGCAGAGAGUCCUGAUCCUCGAGUCCCACAACUGGCGUUACGCUCCCAAAGGCUGGGAGACGGUCUUCCAGCCCGUCAGCGACACCUGUACGGAUCGAUCCGGAGCCACGACCGGACACUGGUCAGGUGAGGCUCACGACCGGGACGUACAGGUGGUGGAGUUGCCCAUCGUGGACAGUCUUCACCCCAGACCUCCGUACCUUCCACUCGCUAUCCCAGAAGACCUUGCGCCCCGACUGCAGCGUCUCCACGGUGACCCGUCCGUCUGGUGGGUGUCUCAGUUUGUCAAGUACCUGGUCCGUCCUCAGGCCUGGCUGGAGAAGGAGAUCCAGGAGACGUGUGGCAAACUGGGCUUUAAACACCCCAUCAUUGGCGUCCAUGUCCGACGGACAGAUAAAGUCGGGACAGAGGCCGCGUUUCACCCCAUAGAGGAGUACAUGGUCCAUGUGGAGGAACAGUUCCAGUACAUGGCUCAACGUGGCCACGUGGAUAAAAAACGAGUGUAUUUGGCCACCGACGACCCCGCACUGUUACAGGAGGCAAAAACCAAGUACACAGACUAUGAGUUCAUCAGUGAUAACUCCAUCUCUUGGUCAGCGAGUUUACAUAACCGAUACACUGAGAAUUCACUCAGAGGCGUCAUCCUGGACAUCCACUUCCUGUCCCAGACUGACUUCCUGGUUUGCACCUUCUCCUCACAGGUGUGUCGUGUGGCGUAUGAGAUCAUGCAGACUCUUCAUCCGGAUGCCUCGGCUUUUUUCCGCUCUUUAGAUGACAUCUACUACUUCGGUGGACAGAAUGCGCACAACCAAAUCGCCAUCUACCCGCACCAGGCGCGCACGGCAGAGGACAUCCCACUAGAGCCCGGAGACGUCAUCGGAGUGGCUGGAAACCACUGGGACGGGUACUCUAAAGGGGUCAACCGCAAACUGGGACGCACUGGCCUCUAUCCGUCCUAUAAAGUCAAGGAGAAGAUCGAGACGGUGAAGUAUCCCACUUACCCCGAAGCAGACAAGCUGCUGAGCUUAUAGAACAACACACAUUAAUAAUUAACGCACAGAUGGCUGAACUUGCCAUGCAGAUGAUCUCUGGAUAACAAAACUCAAAGACACGUGUGCGUGUGUGUAUUUAUGGGAUGGACACACCUUGUAGGUUUGUAUAAAUUGCAUAAGGAUCCCAUGGACUGCUGUGGACAUCAGAAGCCUUUCAAACGGCACUCAGAUCAGCAGAAGCAAAUGAUAAAAAACUUUUUUUUUAAAUUGUUUUAAUGUUUUUUAAAUAUUCCCUUGCCUUCUUUGUCACUUUCUCUAUCUUCAAACUGGAGUGAAUCUCACAGAGGCUUUCAAGCACACAUUUCACCCACAAAAUCAGCAGAAAAAGUAAAAAAUUAUAUUUAGCAUUAAGAAAAUGAAGCCUAUUUAAAUAUUUUGCAUUGACAUUUAUUUUCAUGAAGUAAAAAAAGGGGUCUGCACUCUAAAAAAUUUUUUUAAUUUAAAUCAGGAGAUAAAAUCUCAUACAAAAGUUUCA